UGUUUCCAAUAUUAGCACAGACUCGGUCUUUUAGAUAUAGAGAGAGAUCAGAUCAUGGUGAGGUAUCCAAUUUCCUUUGAGAAACCAAUUCCAAAGAAAGGAACAUGGACAGCUGAAGAAGAUCACAAGUUGACAGACUAUAUAAGGAAAUAUGGUAUUUGGAAUUGGAAUGAAAUGCCAAAAUAUGCUGGCCUUUCUAGGACUGGGAAGAGUUGCAGACUUCGCUGGAUGAAUUACCUUAGGCCGGAUAUAAAACAUGGAAACUUCACCAAGGAAGAAGAAGAAACCAUACUCAAGUUGCAGAAGAUCAUGGGAAAUAGUUGGGCUGAAAUCGCAAAAAAAUUGCCAAAAAGAACAGACAACGAAAUCAAAAACCUGUGGAACACACGCCUGAAGAAGCGGGCGAUGGAGAAGUUAACUGUUGAUGAUCAUGAAGCCAAGCAGGAGAAAAAUUCAGCUGAACAACAUACUACCUCAUCCCCGGAUACCGCACUGUAUUCACUUGAAGAUACUUUAUCUCCUGAUAUGGUGUUGCACUCUUCACCAUCACUGCAAGACUUCCCAGUUGGAGCUAACGCUAAUGAUUGUGCUGUACAGGAAACAAAUGAUAUUAUCAAAGAGGAAAAUUCAGGUUUACUUGAGAUAUAUUGGGAUGAAAUCCAAGAUUUGUGGGAGCAGCCAGUAGAGGAUUCUCAGAUGACCAUAAUCAAUGAGAAUUUCAUGACAGCAACUUCUCAGUUGUGGCUCUAUGAAUCCACGAACUUGUGUGAUUCCAACUAUGCUGCCUAUCCCGUUGAUGAUUUUUGGGUCAGUUCAUCAAUUUAGGGCAAAAAGUACUAUCUGAUGAUGAUCCUGCUAUAUCAUGCUUGUUUCUCAAUAUAUGUAUCAUGCUUGAUUAGCAUAUAACUCUCAAUAAAUAGAGAGUCUCCUGCCACAGUUCAAAUUGCAUAAACAUUUUCGUUCUCG